AUGUCUGAAGGGUAUGGUUCACUUCAUCCCGUGCAACCCACGCGCAAGCGUCGUAAUUGGAGUGAUCUAGCUAAAUGUGAAUAUUACUUUGACAGCCCUGAGACACUCGCAUCAGCAGUGGCUGUGCCUAGCCAGGACAUCCCCGAGUCUCCGGAGUUGACGUCCAAGCGACGCAAGUCUUCAAUUUCAGAAUACGACAAUAAGCGCCGACGAUUCAGCUCUACAGACAAUACUUCCCCGCAUUCUCAGCGGCGUCGGCCAUCCCCUCCACCUACGAAAGAUGAGUCUGUAGAGACGAAACCUACGCGACUGCGCGGAGGUCGAGAUGAGGAUCGCAAGCGGGGCCAGCGGUUAUUCGGGGGGCUGCUUGGUACUCUAUCGCAGAGCUCAAGUUCCGCAGCACAGAGACGACGCGCUGAUAUUGAAAAGAAGCAGCAAGAGAAGUUGAAGUCGCUGGAUGCCGAGUACGGUGAACUAAAGAAACGGCGCAAGGAACAGCGUGACGAGAUUCGAAGGAGAGAAAUGCCGUUGUAUGAGCGAGAAGUGAUGCAAACCCGGCAUUCGAAUAUGCUUGCCAUGGCGCAUUUCCACAAGACACGGGCAGAGCCAGCUCUGUAUUACAAACCAUGGCAACCCAGACCUGGCGACGAGUCAGUGAUAAAGCAGCAGAUCGAAGAAGCGGAGGCGACUAUUGCCCGAGAAGUCGCCGAGUUCGAAGCCCGAUAUCCACCAGAGGCAUUUGCGCCUAAACAGCCAACCCAAGUUGAAACACAGCCAACAAAACCCACUCAGGCCGAAACCCAACAGACAGGCGAAGAGCAGCAGCAAACAAAUGGUCGUCAAGGUCAGCCCGCUCCAGAGCACGAGGCAAAUCCGACAGAUGCAAAGUCUAAGGAAACACAGGGUGCUCCGGACACGGUGGGUGUAGACAUUAAUGACCAAAACCCCGAUCUAGCUAAAACGGAUGAAGCCGCUGCUAACGUGGAGGAAAGCGUCGUUCGAGAUCACCAUGAUGCCCACCGAGACGAUGACGGAGACGAGGUUGUUGAGGAUAACGAGGACACUGUGAUCUAUUAG